UCAACCCGUCCUCCUGAAGCAAACAAAUCGGAAAACGAAGCUCGGUCGGUGGCUGAUCGGCUCGAUAGCAGACAAGAAAUUAAGUUCAAAAGCAUCAAAACUGAAAAAAAUGGAAAUCGCCAGGAGACAAAGACCAAUGCAGAUCCAUGAUCAAGAAAAUGUGUUCGCCGUCAAAGGGAAAAGUGGUAUGGCGUUGCCUGCGAAACGGCAAGGGCUGACGAUGCGUGGAGCACUAGGAGACAUCAACAGCAAUGUGCAGGCCCAGCGAGAUAUCCAUGUCGGCAAAGUUGCCGUGGCUACUGCGGAAUAUGAGAAGAAAACUUCACUUUGUCGAGGCAAUGCCAAAAGUAACUACAGCCAUGUGCAAUCCAAAGUCGACACAGGACUUCCCAGCAAGCUUAUUCAGCCCUCUUCAAGACCACCUCUCCGAAGAGAAGAAAGCACAGCUAAUCUUGCUGCUAGGGCCGCUGCUCGUUCUAAGGCCAAGGAAAACAAGCCACUGGAGGUUAAAGAAUCCAUAAAUAUUAUGAUCCAAGCUAAGAAAUGCUUUCAAGAUACUAAAAAGUCCUCUAAACUGCCAACUGUUAAGGAGAAUAUUGUCAGAGAGAGUAAGCUAAAGCCUAUCCUGAAAGACCCGACGGAGUCCUUGGGGAAACUGAGGUUGGCUGAAUCCACAACGCACUCUGAACAAGUUCUGGGCAUUAUUGACCAAAAUAAAGUAGAAAAGAAAGCAGCACAGUUACAUUCAGUUUUGCAAAAGUCAACGCCCGAGUUGCCCGAGGACAUCGAAGACAUUGAUGCCGGAGACAAGAACAGCCCAUUGCUUAUGUCCAUUUACAUAAAAGACAUUUACCAUUACCUGACUGAAUUGGAAGAGAAAUAUCCUAUUGAAUUAGACCACUUGAAGAAACAGACUGUGAUCACUGGAAAAAUGAGGGCCACGCUGAUUGACUGGUUGGUUGAAGUACAACGUCAGUUUUCUCUGGUACUCGAGACAUUCCACCUGACUGUAGGAAUAAUUGACCGAUAUUUACAGGCCAUGCCAAAUGUGCAGAGGAACCAGCUCCAGCUAGUCGGUGUAACUGCCAUGUUCAUCGCCAGCAAGUACGAAGAGAUCUACCCACCAGACGUUGGAGACUUUGUCUACGUAACGGACAACGCAUACAGCAAGUCCGAUGUAUUCCAGUGCGAGAGGGAAAUCAUGUCGAAGCUCGGCUUCUGUCUUGCCAGACCGAUACCACUUAGUUUUUUGAGAAGGUUUGUCAAAGCCGCACAUGGAACGUCAAAGAACCACCACUUGGCUAAAUAUUUCGUCGAUCUUUGCUUAGUUGAAUAUUCAAUGGCGCACUACCGACCGUCGGAGCUCGCGGCCGCUGCGAUUUGCCUGUCGCUGUACUUACUAUCGAGCAAGAAACUAGAGGAUGUCUGGACCCCUACUCUGUCGUACUACUCCUGCUACUCCCUAGAACACAUUGACCCCAUCAUCAGAAAGCUAGCGAAAAUUGUUAUCAACGUAGAAAACUCCAAAUACAAAGCUGUAUACAACAAAUACUUAGACGCGACGUUAGCUAAGGUGUCGAGCCUGCCGCAACUGAAAGGAGAAGCUAUCUAUGAACUGGCGAAGAUUCCCUCUAACUCAAGUAUGGUCUCAUCUACCACGUAAAACUAAGAUUAGUAACAAGGUCCUGGACUAUUUUGUUUUAUGAAUUUGUGUGUUGCUAUUAGGAGCUUGUGAUGACUGCUUGUCUGCCGACACGAAGUUGUAUUCAAUUUUUACGUGAAUGUGACAAUGGACUGAUUUUUGUGUAAGUUUGGUUUUAGGUGUACCUGUUCCACUUACUUAUAAUGUUAGUUUUAGACGUAAUAUUGUAUGACGGUGAGAUUUUAGAUAUUCUUUAGUUAAUGUUGACACUGAUUAAUUAUUGUAUUUAUGUAUUGCAUUGAUAAGUCAUAUAAUCCAUUAUUUUAUUUCAAUUUUGAAUUGUAAUAGAUAUAACUUGAUGAUGUUUUUGUAACGUAUUUAUUUGUUAUAAUCAUUCUGUGAAAGUCCUGUGUGUUCUGAGGUUUCAGAAAUCUCAUCUAUUCUACUUUGUAAUUAGCAUAUCUAAUCGGAAAAUAAAUAUUUUUACGCUUUUCAAAUGUUACCUAUAAAGUUUAACAAUACUGCCACCUAUUGUUUCGUUAUCUGUUACGUAAAAAUAUAUUUCUGGUCAGUACAUGUUUAAUGAAUGAUUAUAGAAUAAUGGGUAUUCUAAUAAUUAUGUAUUCAUGACAUUGAAUCACAGUUUGUAGGUAUGAUUAUAAAUUUUAGUUUAAUGACUCUGGACCAAAAACUCUUGACGUUUGCAACGAGACUUGUGUACUAAUAUUUUAUAUGGUAAGGCAUUUUUAAGAUAUUUUGAAUAAUUGUAAUUUGAUAGACCUGUGAUUAGAAUAUACGCUGUAAUUUGUUGAAAAUAAAAUAUGUUUUACGAAUACCUACAAACAA